AUGGCGGAAAUUUUUAUUCAAGUUGUUUUUGUAUUUUAUUUAAAUCUUUUUAAAUACACCGUGCUCAGUGAAGACACUCAUGCUGUUAUUACAAGUGCAAACGUAUGGGACUUUGCUUUCCAGUUCAACUUGAAAACGCCAUUUGUGAAGUUUUUGAGAAGUUAUAAUAAGUUUAGACUUUGGUUUGUUUAAAUGAUUUUGUCUUUUCUAGUAUGAAUCAUUUGUUGACAACAUGCAGAAAACUUAUUUCUUGGACAAGAAUGAAACGAUACAGGUAGUCAAAAGAUAAAAACCUUCGCAUAUAACAUUCCUGAUUUCAAGAAUUACUUGAAAUGCUGGCUUUAAGUAUGCAUUUAUUAUUUUAUUUGGCUCACUGCUGCAAGAGAAUUAAACUACGUCUCCCAAUUUUAUUUAUUUGCUUCCAAAUACAAGAGACUACAUAAAAUAAAAAAAGAAGCAACAGUAUUUCUGAACUGCUGCACGAUAUAUAUAGUGGUUAGUAUCUUGUCACAGAAUUGGAUAUAGGAAGAUUUUUUCAAAAAUAAAAUCUUAUUUCUUAUAUUAAUAGAAGAAGAUUUCUUACAAUAUGAGAUUUCUUACUAAACUUUUAUGAUGUCCAUGAUGCAGUCAAGUUUAGAAUAAUACAUAUUGUAAACAAUACAGUACAACAACUCAAACUUCAAAAUAACUUGGACGGUUGGACCAAAUUGCCAACUUCAAAGUAGAAUAAUUAAUGAGAAUAAUAUAAGAUUUUUGCCAAAAAAUAAAUCUUGUAUAAUAUAAGAAAAACGAAUAUAAUAUUUGCCAACCAUGUUUUGUCAUGGAUUAACAUUGUAGGUGUGGGCCAAGGUUGUUCCAUUCCCAUGGCAAGAUAACAGAUUGAUUGUAAGUUGAAUGUACCAGGUAUUAAAACCUCUACACUAGAAUACAAUGGCUACUGUUUAGACUUUAGAAGAAUAGUUGCUUAAGCCUGCAUUACACUACAUAGAUAAAUUCUAAGUUUUGAAGGAUUUGUAUGAAAUGUUUGAGGAAACUGACUCAGUGUUAAACAGUGUUAAAAUAGUGUUGAAGGCACGAAGUCAGUUCCCUGAAACAUUUUUUACAAAUCCUUCAAAACUUAGAAUUUACCUUUGCAAAAUUCCUACUGUGAUCACAGAAACUUUGAUAGUGUAAAGCAGCCGUUAAUACAGGUAGUUGGUAUGUUAGUUUUAAGAUUUACACAUUUUUAGCCUGGUAUAUCUGAUCCAUUCUUGCUGGAGUUGAAUGCGUCGUGUGUUGAAGAUGUAGUCUCAAAAGGCGUUGUCACUCGCAACAUGGUGAGUACAUGAAAUACCUCCCAGGAACUUUGGAUGACGAAAAUACCAAUUAUUCAUUAAGUUUUAUGUGAUCAAUAUCUAUUUAGACAGUUCAAAUAUCACAAGUUCCCAGAAAUGCCAAUACAAGGUACGGUAUAUUAGAAAUGUGUAUUUCAGCAUAGCUGCAGUACAUACGUAAAAACGCACAAGUUCCAGAUUUGCAAACAAGAGUUGUAACAAGGUUGUUGUCAACUCGAUAUCAGGAUGUGUUCGCACUGCUUGUUCCCAGUUGUUGUGACAAGUCUGGAACAAGUUGUUAUCAUCUUGUUACAAGGUUGAUGACGGUAACAGACUUGCUACAAGUUGUUCCAACAAGACUAAUACAGGCUGUUCCUAACAAGUUGCUAUAAACUUGUUGUCAUCAACUUGUGAACAACUUGUUACGUGCAGACGAUAUCAGACUUGUUGGAACAACUUGUUGCGAGUCUGUUGGCCUCGUCAACCUUGUUACAAGAUGAUAACAACUUGUUCCAGACUUGUCAACGAUUGGGAACAAGCAAUGUGAACACAUCUUGUUGACAACCUGUGAGACUUACGCCCGUAUUCUAAAAGUUCACUCACACUCAAUGAGUGGAAGUUCAAUCUGAGCUUCUCUCGAGUGUCAAUGCUGUUUUUGAAUAGCUGGAUGGUUAAUGUCGUACAUUACAAUGUGACUACUCACCCUCCAGCUAUUCAAAAACAGCAUUGACACUCAAGAGAAGCUCAGAUUGAAACUCCACUCUUUGAGUGUGAGUGAGCUUUUAGAAUACAUGCGUUAGAUGCUGUAUGCUUUCGUGUUGUUUCAGUUCUACACAAGAUAAAACUGGCAAUGCUACUUUCCAUGUCGGAAUUUUUGAAGAAUCCCAGGAUGAAACAUUGCGUGUGGUGAGUUUCAGCAUAACUCGUUAAAAUAUCACUUAACUUUUAAAAACAAUAAGAAUUGACACAGAUGCAGGCCGUUACUCAUUAGUGCUUUUAUAAUAGGCGUGCUUUUAUAUCUUUUCAAUUGCUAGGAAACUGAAAUUAUUGUUGGUUGCCCACCCGGACGAAAUAUAAGUGUUUACAGGUAGUUUUGAACGUGCACUGUACUACGUGGAAAUUAUAUAUUUAUUUAUAAUGUAGCAUUUGUAAAUUCUGAACGCUGAUUGGCUAAGAGCCGUGUUGAUAUAACUCAAUGUCAACACAGAAACGUUGGAAAAUGUCUUUCUUUAUAUUUCUUUGUGCUAUAUUAUAAAACAAAUAUAUCUAUGAUUUCCGUGAUAUCUAUGAUUUCCGUGAUAUCUCGAAAUUGUGUGAAAACACUCCGCCCUUGGGGCGUCGUGUUUCCACACAAUUUCUCGUUUUCCCAAUUUCCACGAGUGUUGAUGUAACUGUACAUCAACACGGAAAAUGUUUUAUAUUUGUUAAAUGUCAAAUUAAGCAUCUAUAGCUACAAUCCUGACAAAACUAUUGUGGACAGCGCGCGCGGAGACAGAAUUGUAUGACUUGAAUUGAAUCUGUCAUUGCCAUGGGCUUAGCCAGAGGCCCGUCUACACAGGAGGAAACCUGAACUAAACUAACUUUGGACGGGCAAAAAAUGUUAAAACUCUAGUGUUUUGUAUUUAGUAAUUAAUACAACCGUACAAACACAUCCCCGCACAUACAUCCACAACAAAGAAGUUACAAAUCACUAUAUGUAUUAGCCAAGUAUUUAGUAUUUUAAGCUGAUCGUGCGACUGAAAAAAAAUAUUUUAUUUUAAAAUCGUUAUUGUCAAACGAUAAUUUUAUCAUUUUCCUUCUAGUGUGGACACUAACAUAACAUGCAACAUUGUAGGGGGGGGGGGGGGGGGGAACUUCGUCCUUUUUCGCGGAACCGGACGAAUUUGCGUGUAAACAGGCGAAAAAGGAGGAAUUUCAGCCAUGACUGUAGCUUCUAAACUUCUACAACACAUGAUUGUAGCUUCUAAACUUCUACAACACAUAGUGAAAAGAAAAUUAAGAUGGGCACAAACAGUACACAUUGAAUCUAAUGUUACUCUAUAUACUUAUUUUUCGUUCUUUAAUAUUUGUAGGUCUGUGGAAAACUGCCCUGCGUUUGAAAACUAUACCUUCACUAUACCAAGGUGCGACAUUACGCCAAUGAUAGCAUUUCCAAUAUCAAGCAAUGUUUCUCCAAAACUUUCUCCUAUAUUUCCAAUUGAUGUUUGUGAUGUUACUCUGAGUGUAUAUCCACACCGGGCAAGCUUGAAAAAUAUGCCUGACCACGGUGGGAAUCGAACCUACGACCUUUGGAAUACUAGCCCAAUGCUCUGCCAACUCUACGCGGUCAGAUCGGUUCGAGUAUGCGAUAUUUCGGAACACCGUGGCCAGGCAUAUUUUUCAAGCUUGCCCGGUGUGGGUAUACACUCAGAGUAACAUCACAAGCAUCAUAUUCACCUGAGUACAUUACACCAACACAGAAAAAUAUCAUUUCCAAUUGUUAUACUUUUUAGUGGUCAUUACCGCUCAGACUUUAUCUCACCAUUUUCUCCAGCUACCACGCCCAAGGUAACUCUUUACUUUAAGAAAUCUUCGGAUUGAUGGGGAUACAACUGUACCUGAAAAAUACAAGGAGAACUUCGACGUUUCGAGCGAAGACUCUCCAUCGGGAAGGCUACCAACUUCUACCGACUACUAACUUCACGACGCAGGGCCUUCGCUCAGAACGUCGAAGUUCUCCUUGUAUUUUUCGAGUAGUUGUGUCCCUAUCAAUACGAAGCUUUCUUAUUAUUGCCACUACCUAUGUUGGCACAGAUAACGUUCAAGAUUGACUCUUUACUUUCGCCUGCUGUUCCAACGAUUAUAUUGGCUUUGUGACUAACGCCCGUAUUCUAAAAGCUCACUCACACUCAAUGAGUGGAGGUUUAAUAUAAGCUUCUCUUGAGUGUCAAUGACAAUGCUGUUUUUGAAUAGCUGGCGGGUGAGUAGUCACAUAGUAAGGUAUGACAUGCACUGGCCCGGCCUCUAGCUAUUCAAAAACAGCAGUGCGACUCGAGAGAAGCUCAGAUUGAACCUCCACUCAUUGAGUGCGAGUGAGCUUUUAGAAUACGGGCGAUAAUGUCUGCAAGAUAUCUUGACCUAUACUCUACGAAUACCUACAGAACCUCGUUUUCGUAAUAUUUGGAGCUCUUUAUAUCUUGUUACAAAUGACUCAUUUACGAAAUCAUACAUGCAGUUAUAUCAGUGAAGCUGUUUAUAGUGAUAAGAUACAAGUAAUAUGUUCAUAGUAACACGAUAGAAGUAACAAGGCUCUAAAUAAAUGAAGCUCUAUAGUCAUGGCUAAGCACUGAUAGUCUAGUGCUUUCCAGAAGGGUGUAUUUGCAUGACCGUGAUGUUUUUGUUUAGACAGUGCAAUAUGACUUCACAUCUCUUGGUUGUCCUCUGCAAGGAAAUUAUUACGACAUAUUUAAACCCAAACUACAACUGUAAGCAACAGCUUUUCUCUUCAGUCUUUUCUCUUCCUUUUCAAAGAUUCAUUCAUAUAGUUAUUUUCUGGCAAAUUUCUACAACUGCUUCUAGAUAUGAGAACGGGGAAUUUCUGAGAAAUGUGAGCGCGAGUUAUGUUGUGUUUGAGUUGAAUGGGAGAACUGAUUAUUCAUUUGUUGCAACCAUGGCCGAGGUGAUUCACAUAAUCUUUAAACAUGCAUGACUAAAUGAUUCUGUCAUAUAAUUGUUAUAUUUUUCACUUCUAAGUAUCAUCAAAUUUAGGUUGGCUGUCUUCGUGAAGCUCAGACAUACCAGAAGAUGAUUGAUGAUAUCAAACAUUUGUCAGAUGUUUCAUUUGCUUGGACACCACAGGUAUUUUACUCAUCAAGGGGAAAGUCAGUGAGAUCAACUGAGCUACACUAGACAUAGAAUAACAAUUAUUCUGUGCUACAGAGACCAGUUGCCAAAGUUUCAUGUCGUUUCACUUGGUAUUGACUGGUAAUGCUUUCUUUUAGAACUACCAAAGUUGUUUUGACAAUGUGGAAAAUGGUAACAUGUACCAACCUUACGAAAUUCUGAAUGAGACUGGUCUGUCAGCGUUGACUUGGGAAAGUGAAGGAGUUUAUGUUUUCAAAGCUACUGUUAUUGAUCCCGAGUACAGGUUAGUUUCUCACAUGUUUUCGUUUUCAUGGUAUGUCUAUGAGUCUAUGACAGAUCAAAAUGAUGAAAUCAACUAUCUUUGAGCAUGGUUCACACUAUCAAAGUUUCUGUGAUCACAGUAUAGCAAUUUUGCAGAGGGAAAUUCUAAGUUUUGAAGGAUUUGCAAGAAAGGUACCUCAAACAUUUCGUACAAAUCCUUCAAAACUUAGAAUUUACCUAUGCAAAAUUCCUACUGUGAUUACAGAAACUUUGAUUGUGUAAACCAGGUUUCAUACAAAGAAAAUGAUCAGCCGUAUUAUUCCUUCAUAGCCCCCUUCAUACGGAGGUUAGACUAGUAUAUAGGUCCGGUAUGACUUCCAAGCGUUGUCAGUAUAGAGAAUACCAUUCUAGCUAGUUGUUUGGACAGUUUAACAGGACGGAUAAUGCUUGUUGACGAUCUCUUUCUACUCUGGUGUAAAUUCGGUUACAGGGUUGUUUUUUACUUCAUUUAAUAGCUUUUAUCCGUGCAUCGCGAUAUAUUACGCCAUUUAUUUCUUUCUAUUGCCAUUGACGAUCUGUGCCAGUGUAGCUAUAUAGUGCCAAAGAAAGCUUCGGUUGAUAGGGGAUACAACUACGUGAAAAAUACAAGGAGAACUUCGAGGUUUCCAACAAAGGUAGUUGUAUCUGUAUCAAUCCGAAGCUUUCUUAUCAGGCUUCGUACAAAACUCCUUGAAAGUGCUUGAAUUUGAAAACAAUGUCCUUGAAUAUGUAAAGAAGUACUUGAAGUCCUUAAUUUUUUCUUACUUUAGUUUUAGGAUAUUUUCUAAAAUUGUUUGACAUUCAAAAAUGGACAUUUUGUUGAAUUGAUUUUGCAUGUUCAUAACUGACAAAGCUGUUUGAAACUCAUUAAAGUUGUGUUUUGAACAAUUCAACGUCACAUUUUACUGAUUUCUAACCCCUUUUCUGCAGUAUUUAGUGCUUGAAUUUGGCGAUGGCCUUGAAAAGUCCUUGAAGUUGAUUCUCUCUGACAUGUACGAACCCUGACUUAUUGCCAUUGAGCCAGACUUGCAGCAUGUGUGUUUUAUCUGUUUUCAGUUUCUGUAACUUGACGACAGUGUUUGCUGUUCGCGUCAGUGGUAUGCAGAGGGACCAUGACGAACUCAUUCCUUUUCUCGUGUUGGGAACAUCAAUCUUUGGUUUGUUCUCUGUUAUAUUCAUUGUCUUCGUUACCAGUAAUACUUUUUAG